GUGUCAACCAUCUGAUUGGUUCUCUGGCCUUAGUUUAAAAAGUAAACCGCGGAGAAGAGUGGAGCAGCUAUAGCUAAGCUAACGUUACAGACUGCCUUUCGAUGUUUUCCGCUUUAAAUACCGUGUCUGGUGAAUAAAACACAUCCACACGAGGAUGAUGGAGUCUUGCUUAGCCGGGAAGCCGGAGAGAGUCGGUCCGGUGGAGGUGGACGACAUCAGGAGAGACCUGCUCGAUGAUUUCGCUGCGCUGCCAGCGCAGCAGGACAGUGUUGAGCCACAGUCUGAGAACCUGCAGGUGUACCUGAGGGUUCGACCGUUCACUGCAGCCGAGAGCGACAGUGGAGGGUCACAGGACUGUGUGACUAUCGAGGGCCCAGACACGGUGGUCCUGAAGGCUCCCAGGAGCUGUCAGUCAAAGUCCCUCCCGCAAACGGCACAGAGGUUCACCUUCACACAGGUGUUCGGUCCGGAGGCCGGUCAGAGGAAGGUGUUUGAAGGUUCAGUUCGGGGUUUGGUCCGAGACGUUUUGGGUGGAGGAAACUGUCUGGUGUUCACCUAUGGAGUCACCAACGCUGGAAAAACCUUCACUUUCCUGGGUCCAGAUCACGACAGCGGUCUCUUGCCCAGGUCUUUGUCUGUCAUCUUUAACAGCAUUGAAGGUCGCCUGUACAGUCGUGCUGAUCUGAAACCUCAACGCUGCAGAGACUACAGCCGACUGACUCCAGACCAGCAGGCAGCGGAGAACAGCAGCAAGAAGAACCUACUGAGGCUGUUCAAAGAGAGCGACAAAAGUCUGAUGUCUGGAAGAUCAGCUUCUCUUGACGGCUCGUCUGUCAGCACUGACAGCAGCGUGAGCAGCGUCUCUGAAGCCGACAGUUUCUCUCUGGACGUCGCCUCAAAUGUCCGUUUCUCUGUCUGGGUUUCAUUCUGUGAGAUUUACAACGACAACAUCCACGACCUGCUGGAACAGGUUCCCAGUGGACACCAGAAGAGGACGGUGCUGCGUCUGUCUCAGGACGUCAAAGGAAACUCCUUCAUCAAAGACCUGCGGUGGGUCCAGGUGAACAGCUCUGAGGAGGCCUACAGAGUGAUGAAGAUCGGGAAGAAGAACCAGAGCUUCUCCUCCACCAGACUGAACCAGCUGUCCAGCAGGAGCCACAGCAUCUUCUCCAUCAGGAUCCUCAGAGUGGACGACGUCGGAGUUCCCAGAGUCCUUGGCAUCAGCGAGCUGGCUCUGUGCGACCUGGCCGGCUCUGAGCGCUGUUCUCGGACCCUUAACACCGGAGAGAGACUGAAGGAAGCGGGGAACAUCAACAGCUCACUGCUGACACUUGGGAAGUGCAUCAACGCCAUGAGGCUCAACCAACACGCCAAGUUCCAGCACCACAUUCCCUUCAGAGAGUCCAAACUGACCCACUUCCUGCAGUUCUUCUUCUGUGGUGCAGGUCGAGUCUGCAUGGUGGUCAACAUUAACCAGAACUCGUCCUGCUUUGACGAGACACUCAAUGUCCUCAAGUUCUCCGCCCUCGCCCAGAAGGUGGUGGUGUUGAACUCGAGGCCGGUGGUUGUGGACGACGCCCCCCACAGGUCAGCCAUGGAGCUGUCAAUAAUCAUUGAUGAGGCCGACCGACGCAGAAAUGUCUCGGGGCGAGGCAGGAAGAGCUCCAUGGUCGCCUGGGAGACGACCCUUGAGGAUGUGCUGGAGGAUGAAGAUGGUGAAGAGUGGGAAGAAGAAGAGGAGGAGGAAGAGAGUAUGAUGGAGGGCACAGUGCUGGAGGCAGGAGGCGAGGAAGAGGAGAAGUCGGACAGAGAUGCAGCGUUGCGUUUGGUUCUGGAGGCUCAGAUCAGAGAAGAAGUGAGUGCUGAGUUCAUGGAGCUCUUCAACAAGAUGGAGAAAGACUACAGUGAUCGUCUGGAGAAGGAGAGGGAGAUCCUGGAGGAGAGGGCUGAUAAAAGAGUCGAGAUCCUCAAGAACCUGGUCAGCAAGACAGUCGACCUGUCUGCUGUCAACACUGACGACAGCAAGGAGCAGCAGGCGGUUCUGUUGGAGGGAAUCAUCAACUCCCUGACUGAAGACCUGGAGAAGAUCAGAGAGGACGCUCAGAGUGUUCACCACUGUCUGACUGAACACACUCACAGUGCAGAGCUUGAGGUGCUGCGAUUGGAGAAGCAGCAGUCACAUGACCAACUGCAGGAAGCCAAGCAGAAUCUGGAGCAGCAGCAGCAGAAGUUAGCAGAGCUGAUGGAGAUGUGUCGGCAGAAAGACAGCAUCAUCGACAAACUCCAGGCAGCUCUGGACGCCACCGUGGAGGACGCCACCAGAGAUAGGGCUCUGGUGGAGUCCAUCAAGUCAGAGCUGCUGCAGCUUCAGCAGACUUGCAGCUGUCUGAAGAAGACUGGAGGAGAGGAGGAGGAGGAGGAGAGCAGGAAACGACACCGUGAAGCUCUGGAGGAUGAGGAGGACGGAGGACCUGUGAGGAAGAGAGUGGUUCUGGAGGAGGAGAUCUGGAGGCUCCAGGAGGAAAACGACAAGAAAGAUGAAAUCAUCGUGGAGCUGCGAGAGAAGGAGGAGAGGAGCAAGGGGCUGGAGGAGGAGCUGAGGAGACGGGAGGAAGAGGUGCAGGAGCUGAAGAAAGAGCAGGUGUUGCUGCAGCAGAAGGUGCAGAAGCCAGCAGACCUGGGCGGGUGUCCAAACUGUGACUCUGUGUUGUCGUCUCUGGCGUCGGAGCAAAGGGAAACAUCCAGACUGUCAAAGGAGAACAAAGCUCUGGUUAACGGCAUCUUCCAGCUGCAGACUGAGGUGACCAGCCUGCAGACGCAGCUCAGAGAGCAGAGCGACAGGUGUCACAGCCUAUCAGAGCAGCUCAGCAUCGCAAAGACCCGCCUCCAGGACCUGGAGAGCCAAUCAGAGGAGAAGGGCAGCAACAUUAACCGUCUGACACGAGAAGUGGAGCGUCUGAGACAGGAAGUCAAGGAGGAGGAGGUGCGGAGCAGCACCAGCAGCAGCGUUUUCCACACCGCUAUGGAGGAGCUGAAGAAGGAGAGCCAGGCAGCGCUGGAGAGGUCGGCUCAGAAAUCCCAGCAGAUCCGAGAUCUUCAGAGAGAAAAGAGCCGGCUGGAGGAAAGUCUGACACACAGUCAGAACAGGUGUGAUGAGCUCAGAGAGGGGCUGGCCAAUCAGAAAGCAGAAUUCUCCCAUCAGCUCCAGAGCCUGAGGGUGGAGCUGGAAUCUGAGGGCGGAGCUCUGCGAGGGAGACUGGAGGAGGUGGAGAGAAAGCAUGUGAGAGAGAAGGAAGAGCUGCAUCGCGUGGUGUCACAGAAGGACAAACUUGUAGAAGAAAGUUACAGACAGACGGAGGAUCUGAGACGAGAACUGGAGCGUCUGAAGGAAGACCUGCGAAGGCGGGAGGAGGAAGAGAAGGAGAACAUGGAGGACAGGAAGGUGCCUAUGGUGGAGGAGCUGAAGGAGGAGAUCCAGAGGCUUGAGGAGAAGAGGGGGAGGCGGAGGGUGGAGAAGAGCAGGGAGUUUGAGGCUGUGAAGAGAGAGCUGGAGAGACAGGAGGAGGAGAAAGAGCUGCAAGAGAACACACAGAGGUGUGUUGUACAUGUCCUUCCAGAAAAACAGAACGUCUGCGUCUCUCCUCUGAGGUCCAAAGCUGCCGACAGGAAGAAAAUCCCUAAAACCACAGGGAGGAAGAGGAAGAGCUACGAGGUGGAGGAUUUGGUGUUCAGUGAGAACAAGAGAAACCGAGUGAGAGGAAACAAACAGUCUCCUUCUGUGAAGGACAAGAGAGACGGGCCCCUUCAGAAGAUCGGAGAUCUGAUCCACAGUUCUCCCUCCAUCCUGGGCAGCAAAGCCAAAACCAUCAUCGGUCUGGUCAGUGGACAGUCGAUGGAGAAGGAGACGCCGGUCACCACAGCAGCCAAAAUGAGACGGGGACGGAAGAAGCUUUACAAGACGUCCGCCUCGUCUCCACUGCUCGACUCUCCACACAUGAUGUCAGGAGGAGCACAGGAGGAGAAGGAGAGCGACCACCUGAUCAUUAAGAGACAGCUGCGGUCCAAGACCUGCAGGAAGUGACAUCAUCGUCAUGUGACAACACUAUGCUGUGCGAAGGGGUUGUCAGGUGGGAUUAAAGGCUCCCAGGACACCAAAACUCUUCUCCUCAGUGACUGAAGAAGAGACAGAUUGUCUCGUUUAUUUUUACUUUGUGAUUUCAGGACUUUUUUUCUUUUCUGGGGGUCAAUAAAGAGCUGAGUGCGACGAUCCUUUUCACUUUAUGAAAAUAAAAAUGAUUCCCAGCAUCAUCUGA